CGUUCGUGGGGCAACGAUGUCCGGCGCUCCGGGUAAACCGAUGUCCAAAGUUGUUUCGAAAGCGGGUGCAGGAGGCGCCGGGGCCGCCGGGGCUGCUGGGGCCGCCGGGGGCCCCCCGAUUAUGCCCCUCGCCUCCCCGCUCAUGGGGAAAAAAAAGAAGCCGUUCCUGGGAAUGCCCGCCCCGCUGGGCUAUGUUCCCGGUCUCGGCAGAGGUGCUACUGGUUUCACCACACGAUCUGAUAUUGGUCCUGCCCGUGAUGCCAACGACCCAGUGGAUGACCGCCAUGCACCCCCAGGAAAGAGGACUGUUGGUGAUCAAAUGAAAAAGAACCAGGAUGAUGAUGACGAAGACCUGAACGAUACCAAUUAUGAUGAGUUUAAUGGCUAUGCGGGUAGCUUGUUCUCCAGUGGGCCCUAUGAGAAAGAUGAUGAAGAAGCAGAUGCCAUAUAUGCUGCACUGGACAAAAGGAUGGAUGAGAGACGCAAAGAGAGAAGAGAGUUGAGGGAAAAGGAGGAGAUUGAGAAGUACCGUAUGGAGCGACCAAAAAUCCAGCAGCAGUUUUCAGAUUUAAAGAGGAAGCUGGCAGAGGUGUCUGAGGAGGAGUGGUUGAGUAUCCCUGAGGUGGGCGACGCCAGGAACAAGCGCCAAAGGAACCCUCGCCAUGAGAAACUCACACCUGUCCCCGACAGCUUCUUCUCCAAACAUCUCCAGUCUGGAGAGAACCACACCACAGUGGACCCACUGCAAGGGUUGGGUGGUCUGAACACCCCCUAUCCAGGAAGUAUGACCCCUGGCCUGAUGACCCCAGGGACAGGAGAGCUGGACAUGAGGAAAAUUGGCCAGGCCAGGAACACGCUGAUGGAUAUGAGGCUCAGCCAGGUGUCUGACUCAGUCAGUGGACAGACGGUGGUGGAUCCUAAGGGUUAUCUUACAGACCUCAACUCCAUGAUUCCUACGCAUGGAGGAGACAUCAGUGAUAUCAAGAAAGCUCGCCUACUGCUGAAAUCAGUAAGGGAAACAAAUCCACACCACCCACCUGCCUGGAUUGCUUCUGCCAGGCUAGAGGAGGUGACUGGCAAGCUGCAGGUCGCCAGGAACCUCAUCAUGAAGGGCACAGAAAUGUGUCCCAAGAGUGAGGAUGUGUGGCUUGAGGCAGCCAGGCUCCAGCCGGGCGACACAGCCAAAGCUGUGGUAGCCCAGGCCGUACGCCACCUACCCCAGUCUGUCCGCAUCUACAUCAGAGCUGCAGAGCUUGAAACAGACGUCAGGGCCAAGAAACGAGUACUCAGAAAGGCCUUGGAGAAUGUGUCCAAGUCAGUGCGUUUGUGGAAGACAGCCGUGGAGCUGGAGGAGCCAGAGGAUGCCAGGAUCAUGCUGAGCAGAGCUGUGGAAUGUUGCCCUACUAGUGUGGAGCUGUGGUUGGCUUUGGCUCGGUUAGAGACGUAUGAGAAUGCCCGCCGUGUCCUAAACAAAGCACGAGAAAACAUCCCUACAGAUCGCCAUAUCUGGAUCACUGCUGCCAAACUGGAGGAGGCAAAUGGUAACACUCAAAUGGUGGACAAGAUCAUAGACAGAGCGAUCACUUCCCUACGUGCCAACGGUGUAGAGAUCAACAGAGAACAGUGGAUACAGGAUGCAGAGGAGUGUGACAAGGCAGGCAGCGUGGCCACCUGUCAAGCGGUGAUAAGGGCUGUCAUAGGAAUUGGUAUCGAGGAGGAAGACUGCAAACACACCUGGAUGGAGGAUGCAGAGAGUUGUGUGUCCCAUGGGGCCUUGGAGUGUGCCAGAGCCAUCUAUGCACACGCUUUACAGGUGUUCCCCAGUAAGAAGAGUGUGUGGCUAAGAGCUGCCUACUUUGAGAAAAACCAUGGUACCAGGGAGUCUUUGGAGGCUCUGCUCCAGAGGGCAGUGGCUCACUGUCCCAAGGCAGAGGUCCUGUGGUUGAUGGGGGCCAAGUCCAAAUGGUUGGCUGAGGACGUGCCUGCAGCCAGAAGCAUCCUUGCACUGGCCUUCCAGGCCAACCCUAACAGCGAGGAGAUCUGGCUGGCUGCUGUCAAGCUGGAGUCUGAAAAUAAUGAGUAUGAGAGAGCUCGUCGACUCCUGGCUAAGGCUCGCAGCAGUGCUCCCACUGCCAGGGUGUUCAUGAAGUCUGUGAAGCUGGAGUGGGUGCUGGGGAACAUUGAAGCGGCCCAAGAGCUGUGUACUGAAGCCCUGAAGCACUACGAGGACUUCCCAAAACUCUGGAUGAUGAGGGGCCAGAUAGAGGAGCAGUGUGAAAACAUGGACAAGGCCAGAGAGGCUUACAACCAGGGGCUCAAGAAGUGUCCCCACUCCAUGCCGUUGUGGUUACUGCUGUCUCGUCUAGAAGAGAGGGUGGGACAGCUGACCAGAGCUAGAGCUAUCCUGGAAAAGGCCAGACUGAAAAACCCACAGACCCCUGAGCUAUGGUUGGAGUCAGUCAGACUGGAAUUCCGGGCAGGACUGAAGAACAUUGCCAACACAUUGAUGGCCAAAGCACUACAGGAGUGCCCCAACUCUGGUAUCCUGUGGGCUGAGGCAGUUUUUCUGGAGGCCAGGCCUCAAAGGAAAACCAAGAGUGUGGAUGCUUUGAAGAAGUGUGAACACGACGCCCAUGUUCUGUUGGCUGUCGCCAAGUUGUUCUGGAGUGAGCGUAAGAUCACUAAGGCCAGAGAGUGGUUCCUGAGAACAGUGAAGAUUGAGCCAGACCUAGGAGAUGCUUGGGCCUUAUUCUACAAAUUUGAACUGCAGCAUGGCACAGAGGAACAACAGGAGGAGGUGCGGAAGCGCUGUGAGAACGCUGAGCCACGCCACGGAGAGCUGUGGUGUGCAGAGUCCAAACACGUCCUCAACUGGCAGAAAAAGAUCGGAGAGAUUCUAACCCAGGUGGCCAGUAAGAUCAAAAACACAUUCUGAGCCUGACGAACUUUGGACUAAUGACAGCCAGGUGACUGACCAUCACCAGUCCAUCAGCCACAACAGGGAACAGCCAUAGUCAUGCACAUCCCCAUUUCUCUACCAUCACGUCCCAUCUGUUCUAGAGACUACAGUCCAUGGAGGCAUACUCUCAUUUCUCCCUUUGAUUUCUUGGCUGAAACUUGAGGAUUGUGUUGAUCAGGCUAUACUGUUGUGCAACAUGUUGUGUUUGAGAUCUGUGCUAUUAGAAAACAAUGGCAAAAUGUGAUUUUCUUUUUUUGUGUGUGUAUGUUUCAUUUUUAUGGAAUUAUUGAUAGGGUCUAGUCCUCUUGCAUAUGUAAAUCCUUCCAAGUUUUUGGUAAUAUUUUGCAAACAGACAUGUCAGUGUAAAUAGUCUGUCUUUGUGAGGAAUAAUUCAGUAGUUCCCCUGUUCUGAGUACUGCCUUUUCUAUUUAGUUUGCUUGAAAUUGGUUUGUUUAUAAACAAGUAUAAUAACAAUAAACAAGUAGUUGAAAUUGCCCAUUUAACGUUUUGUCUUAGUCACAUUUUGUUGAUCCAUCUGAACUUUAGGGGCAUAUUGAAAACCGUUUACCAGACAGUUUAUCCUAGCAAAAGCUUUUCACACAUUUGUUUUCCAUUCUAGUUGGAUGCAGUUUGUACCUGCUUGUUCUUCCCAGGAAUUUCUUUGAAAACAUCAACUUAUAUUUGGUGCUCCUAUUGUUUUUGCUGAAGCUGAUGUUUAAGAAUAUAAAAAUGAAAAAGAAUGUUACAUAUUUACGUAUUUUUUGUUGUUGAAAAAUUUUAACUUUUUAGUUUGUAUGUCUUGGCUGUACUAUUUUUGAAACAGAUUCAAAAUUGGUGACAGAAAAGGAGCCGUCAACCUGCAAGAUAAUCCCAGUUCACACCUCACCUCCACGCCUCGUG